AUGAGGCCCAUGCAAAGCGACCCGGCCGCCCCAGCACAGCCGCUGCAGGAGGCCGGGCUCCGCGCGCGCUCGGGCCGCCGCGGCAGCGCACGCACCCGGCCACGGGAGCCGCCGGGCAGGCGCAGAGGUGGGGCCGCCGCUCGCGCCGCCCGGCCCGGACCCACGGACGGCUCGGGCGGCCAGAGCGCGCCCCGCCCCGGCCCCGGCCCGCCGCCCGGCCCCGGAAGCCCAGCCCCGCGCCGCCCGAGCCUGCGCGGCGCCGGCGGGGGGCGCGGGCCGCACGUGCGCGCGGGCGGCGGCCGCGGCGCGAACAAAGCGCGGCUGACCUUCACCGGGCGGGGCGGCGGGCGCCGCGGGGAGGAGCGCGGGACGCCGUCCGCCCCGCCGCCGCCCGCCCUCCGCCCGUCGCCCCGAGCUCCGCCGCCACCCCGACCUCCCGGCCGCCCGGCCGCCCGCCGUUACCCGCAGACGCCGCGCGCCCGCACCUCGCGCCUCCUGCGGCAGUGGCGGCCGUGCCUUCGCUCGCUCCGGGCUGCGCCGCCGUGGCCGCCAACAACGCCGCCUCCGGUUGGCCGCGCCGCCUGGCUCCGCCCUCAGCGAGCAAGGCGGGCUACGAUUGGGCGAACGCAGCGCAAGUCAACUGGGCCUCGGCGCCGCGCGCGGGGACCAAUCAGGGGGUGA